GAGAGAGAGAGAGAGAGAGAGAGAGAGAGAGAGAGAGAGAGAGAGAGACUGAAAGCCUGCAGCAGCAGCAAAUGAGACAGAACAACGAGGCGGGAGAGGUAGAAAGAGAGAGAGAGGGAGGGAGGUGGAGAGGGGCCCUGUGUAGGACGGAGGGCUACAGGGUGAGGAAGAAGGAGUAGAGAAAAAGUUAGGAGAAGUAGGAGAAAAAAGGUCCAGGGAGAGAAAAGAACGGGUGCAGAGAUUAACAACUACAGGAGAGAAGAAGGGAAACAACAGACAGGAAGGAAGGGGAGGGAGAAGUCCUGGGUAGAGAGGGGGAAAAAAAAGAGCUGAAGAAAAGUUUUCUUGUGGGAAGACGCAGAUGAGGAAAACAGAGCGAGUGAAUGACUGGGCUAGAGGGAGCAGAGAGGGGAGGAAACCAAUUGUUUUCUAAGGCGUUUUCCACACAAGCCUCUUGACUUCUUUGGACAUGUACACAGAAGGCGCACAAACAACGGGACACCACCGAUUUAUUCAGCACAUCAACACCACCAACCCCUGCUCCUGCCAGCACUGUGUCCACUAUGAGCAGCCAGCGUACGGCCAUCACGGUGGGCCGGGACACCAACCAGCAUCAUCCAAACAGACAGACCACCCAUCCCUGGACUGCAGGAAAGACACCCAGGCUCCUCGGGUUAAAGACGUAGGAGGGAGAGCUUUCAUAGUGGACAAAGCUGAGAGAAGCGGUCAUCGCAGCCCACAGAGGAGGCCUGUGUUAGCAGGGCCGGGCCUUUACAGCCAGUCAGAUGACUUGAGCCAAGUUUACCCUUGGGAGUUGAACCCUGCCCAGUGGAGCUACCCGCCGGAGCCUGGGGUGAGACACUACCCGUCUGUCAGAGAACAGUGUGGCUGUGUGGUGCGCAGCGACACCAGGGCACACCCCUUUAGCGCCGGGAUACCACAUCCUCUCCCCCAUCUUCAGGUCAAAGGUCAAGGGUACAGGCACAGGAGGACGGUCAGGUAUGUCUCCGUGGAUGAGGAGGAGGAAAGUUGUAGAUGCACCUCUGAGAACUAUCAUGCGGAGCCACACAAUCCCCAUCUGGGUCAUUUACACAUGCCAAAUGGCCACUGUGGACCGAGGCCUGUGUUCUUUCAGGGAGGGGAGGAAAGAGAUAGCAAUCAGGACCGGGGAAGACUGAAGGCUGGGUCAGAGGAGGGCUGUAAUGGACGCAGUGGCUCUCACAAAGGUUUCUUCUCUACUGAAGUCCCACAAAAACACUUGAACCAAAGCCGACAGAAGGGUGUCUGUGUCCCUCCAUCUGGCAUCACCAGUCCAGAGCCCUCAAAAUCGACAACCAACAGCGACCACCAGCACCAGGGUUCAGAGGUGGUGAAGCAGAAGAGGAGGCAGGAUUCGGUGAGGGAUCAAAUCAGACAAGUAGUGACAGAUCUGGAGGAUGUGUUGGGGGGUUUGAAGCAAGUUCACGUGGAGAUGAAAGAGGUGGUCCAGCAGAUUGAUUGUCUCACAGCCACAAUCGACCUCAGCGAGGAGGUGCCCUGCAUCACUCAGGGUCCGUCCAGUAACUUUCAUGGUUCAACUCAUCCAGGUGACCUCAGGCUGGCACCGCUGCCCAAUCACAAGCCUGCUCCAGUCCUGGCGUUGCAACACAUUGACAAAGAACGCAUCAUCUUAAGAACUAACUCUCCCUCCCCUGUUCACAUGGCAUCGGUUGUCAAAACCAGCCGCUUCACCCCACCCAGCCACAGUAAGGAUAUCAACCACGAAAGGCCAGGUGUAAAUGGCCACCCGCCUCACCUCUAUCCCCCCAGAGACACCAACCACGUUGGCCAAACUCAUCCCGAGCCCCACCCACAGAGCCUAGACCCUAAGGUCAUUAUUGGUAACAGCACCUCCAAUUCAAAGACUCAGAAGCCUCCUCUGUACCCUCAAAACGGACGCUGUGGCAAGGGCCCAUACCCGCCUCCCAAGCCUGUGAGGACUCCUGCCUACCCGGGGAGAGGCUGCCAGAGCACCAGUAUGGUGUGAAAGAGGGGGGUGGUCUGCCCCAGUGCCAUGGGGGCCUGAAACAUGAGACCCUGCUGCAGUGAGUGGAGGUCAGAGUGGAACCAGGCAGGGGAACAACUCAUGCAGGAGCUGAUGCCACAGAGACAAGCUGUCAGCCGGUGGAAACAGAGUAUGGCCUGAAGGUGGGGAUAUUUCCAAAGGGAAAACUAUCCCCCAAGAGUCAACCUACAACUGUAUGUCACGCGAGCACAGAAGCAUGGCGGAGUGGCAGUCAAACCUCUCUGAGAAUUUAUUCUUUUACUGUUUCUGGUGAGGUAGUGGCAAAUAAUGAUAAGGAUAAACUGUAAACUGCUGCUCAAAACCAUUAAUAGAAAGGUAUCUUUUAAUGACAGUGUUAAUUUAUUUUAUACUAUUUUAUAUUGCAAAUAAAUCAAUUUUCAGGCAGCUUAAACCAGUCUGAAUACUACCUAACCUGACAAAGCAUGAUUUCAGACUUUUACAAAUUUGCAUCAUGAUGUAGUUAUUUUGGCAAAUAAACAAAUGAUCCCAAUA